CUACCAAUAACUACAAAAUUACUUAUCGAUUGCUAGGCGAAUCAAAAUUGUCGUCACUAACCAACAACUUUAUAGGUUAUACCUCGUCGGGGAAAGGGGAUUUCCUUGCUUUUUUCCUUGAUAGACGAAUGACAACACCACCACGGCCAUCUUCCUUAAUCGCAGCUGGUUACAAACGCUCUAGAAAAGUAGUUUGUAGCUAGAGAAUACUUCCUUUAUGUGCCACUGGGAGCGACGGGAGGAUGGCAGAUGACAAGGACGUGCUGCGAGAUGUUUGGUUUGGUCGGAUUCCGACCUGCUUCACACUUUACCAGGAUGAGAUCACAGAGAGAGAGGCCGAACCUUUCUAUCUCCUCCUGCCAAGGAUGAGCUACUUGACUCUGGUCACAGACAAGGUGAAAAAGCACUUCCUGAAGGUCAUGAAGGCCGAGGACAUAGAGGAGAUGUGGUUUGAUUUCGAGGGAACCUCACUCAAAUGGCACUAUCCAAUCGGAUUACUGUUUGACCUGCAUGCCUCCAACACUGCCCUGCCCUGGAGCAUCACUGUGCACUUUAAGAAUUUCCCAGAGCGUGACCUGCUCCACUGCCCCUCUAACUCUGUGAUCGAGGCCCACUUCAUGUCCAGCAUCAAGGAGGCGGAUGCCCUCAAACACAAGAGCCAGGUCAUCAACGACAUGCAGAAGAAAGACCACAAGCAGCUGUGGAUGGGCCUGCAGAACGAUAAGUUUGACCAGUUCUGGGCCAUGAACCGUAAGCUGAUGGAAUACCCCACAGAGGAGGGAGGCUUUCGCUACAUCCCCUUCAGGAUAUACCUGACGAUGAGUGACAGGCCGUUCAUCCAGAAGUUGUUUCGCCCCAUCUCGCCCGACGGCCACACACACACGCUUGGGGACCUGCUGAAGGAGGUGUACCCCGUGGCUAUACCCAACGACGACGAGUCCAAGCGUUACCAGGUGGUGAUCCAUGGGAUUGAGCCCCUGCUGGAGACCCCGUUGCAGUGGCUGAGCGAGCACCUCAGUCACCCUGAUAACUUCCUCCACAUCAGCGUCAUACCCGCGCCUAGCGACUGACACCUCUGGCAAAGUUUGGUAACACCCGGCAACUGGGAAAGUUGCAAAACUCAGAACGGACUCUUCACAGAGCAGGAAAACCCACGUGACUGGGGGCGAGGAGUGACGCAAUCGCAGUGUGACGUCAUCUCAUUCAACUUGUCCCAAAAAGGAGCCCACCGGGAGAAAAUGUACCAUUUUCUGUUUUCCAUCUCUUUUCCUCUCCUCCUUCGCACUCUGUCUCUUUUGGACCUUUACAUGUUUGGGGAAAGUUGUUCUGCCCAAAAUGUGGAAGGCCAAACUGAAAGAGUGCUCAUCUGUUUUAAAAAGAGAGGCAGGGAGGCCACCUCCUCUCUCCUCUUCCUCCUCCUAGGGAAAGAGAGAGGGCCCAGACAUGCCUAGUGGGACCCUCUACAAACAGAAUUUGCCUUAGUUUUCCCGAGUCACAUCAUGAGCUACACUGCUGGACGUUCAUAAAGUCACACUGAGUUUACACACUUGUACUGUAUGCCACUGAGGAGUGAAAGGGGAUUUUUAAAGACGCUUCACUUCUUCAUUCUUUGUCUCUCGCUCUCUGUCUGUCUGUAUAUUCUCCAUCUUCCUCUCUCACUGUAUUUCCUGUUUCUUUCUUCUCUCUUUUCCUCCCUCCCCCUCUUUCUCUCUCGUGUCAUUUACUGCCAAUGCUCUCUCAUCUCCAUAGCUAAUUAUCUUAUUGGAAUUCCUCCUGCUACUAAUAAGACCGCUAAACUUCUGUCUCCAUGCCAAGCCUUGGGGUUGUGUGAGUGUGUGUUGUAAUUGGAGACAUAAUUUCAAGUCUCCUAGAGGGGACAUGGAGGGGGUGAGGAAGGUGUGAAGAGUCCGAAUGGAAUCCUGUCUGUCUUCUCUCUUGCGUGUCUCGUGUCAAAGGGAGAUGGGGCCAGACAUGUAAUUUGGAGUGUGUUGUUAGUCGAAGGGGAGGGAAACUUGUGAUGUCACACCUGUCUAAGCACGUCAGGCUUCCUCAUUCGCCGCCUAGGAGGAUGGGAUAGGGGAGUUUACAGCUCUGAGUCAGGGCUGGGCUCGACGUGGGGUACUGUCUGAGGGGUAGGCAUGUGCAUACGUAUGUACAUGUGUGUAUGGGUACUUUUUGCACAUUUUGUUGUUACAAAGUGGGAUUCAGAUGGAUUUCAUUAUCAUUGUUGGUCAAUGAUCUACACAAAACACUCUUAUGUGGAAGAAAAAUUGUAACAUUAACAAAAUACAAAAAAAUGUAACACUACGUAUUCUCACCCCUGAGACUACAUGUUAGAAAAACCUUUGGCAGUGAUUACAGCUGUGAGUCUUUUUGGCUCAGUCUAUAAGCGCUUUGCACACCUGGAUUAUACAAUAUUUGCCCAUUAAAAAGUCUUCAAGCUCUGUCAAGUUGGUUGUUGAUCAUUGCUAGAUAGCCAUUUUUAUGUCUUGCCAUAUAUUUUCAAGUAGAUUUAAGUCAAAACUGUAACUAGGCCACUCAGGAACAUUCACUGUCUUCUUGGUAAGCAACACCAGUGUAGAUUUGGCCUUAUGUUGUAGGUUAUUGUCCUACUGAAAGGUGAAUUUGUCUCCCAGUGUCUGUUGGAAAGAACACUGAAUCAGGUUUUGCCUGUGCUUACAGCUUAGCUGUAUUCUGUUUCUUUUAUCCUAAACUCCCUAGUCCUUGCCAAUGACAAGCAAACCCAUAACAUGAUGCAACCACAACCAUGCUUGAAAAUAUGGAGAUUGGUACUCAGUAAUGUGUUGUAUUAGAUUUGCCCCGAACAUAACACUUUUUGUAUUCAGGACAUGAAGUUCCUUGCUUAGCAACAUUUUCUGCAGUAUUACUUCAGAAAGUUUCUUUGCCACAUUUUUUGCCGUAUUACUUUAGUGCCUUGUUGUAAACAGGAUGCAUGUUUUGGAAAAUAAGAAUUCUGUACAGGCUUCCUUUUCACUUUGUCAUUUAGGUUAGUAUUGUGGAGUAACUACAAUGUUGUUUAGGUUAGUAUUGUGGAGUAACUACAAUGUUGUUGAUCCAUCCUCAGUUUUCUCCUAUUAUAACCAUUAAACUGUAACUGUUUUUAAAUCACCAUUGGCCUCAUGGGGAAAUCCCUGAGCAGUUUCCUUCCUCUCCGGCAACUGACUUGGGAAGGAUGCCUGUAUCUUUGUAGUGACUGGGUGUAUUGCUAAACCAUCCAAAGCCUAAUUAAUAACUUCACCAUUCUCAAAGGGAUAUUCUGUGUCUACCAAUCGGUGCCCUUCUUUGCGAGGCAUUGAAAAACCUCCCGGGUCUUUGUAGUUGAAUAUGUGCUUAAAAUGUCCUAAUCGAUUGAGGGAACUUACAGAUAAAUGUGGGGUAAAUAGAUAGGAGUAGUCAUUCAAAAAUCAUGUUAACCACUAUUAUUGAACACAGAAUGAUUCCAUGCAGUUUAUGUGAUUUGUUAAGCACAUUUUAACUUCUGAACUUAUUUAGGCUUGCCAUGACAAAGGGGUUGAAUAUUUAUGGUCUCAAAACAUUUCAGCUUUUCAUUUUUUACAUUUUCUAUUCCACUUUAACAUUAUGGGUUAUUGUGUCUGUGACACAUCUCAAUUUAAUAACAAAAUGUGGAAAAAGUAAAGGGAUGUGAAUACUUUCUGAAGGCUGUGUGUGUGUGUGUGUGAGACUGCGGACACAUACUUAUGGCUCAGUCACAAAGACACAAGCCAAUGCUGAAAAGCGGAGCUAGACUCUCAUCUUGCUGACACACUUGUCUUGUUGGGAUUUCCCAGUUAACCUAUGGGAUUGAGUUGCUCAAUACUGACAGCUCUGGCUGUAUCUCUAUUGCAGAGCCUUUAAAUAUAUCUGUUGCAGAGCCUGCAAUAUCUCUAUAGCAUGUGUAUACUGCCAUUCCUCAGAUCUCCAAGCCCUUGGUAGCUUGUAUCGCAACUCACCCAAAGUGAUCCUCAGCAACCAUUUAUUAUUUAUUACAAUGGCGAAGUACAGGUAACUGCCACAAUAAAGGAAACACCAACAUAAAGUGUCUUAAUAGGGUGUUGGGCCACCAGAACAGCUUCAGUGCACUUUGGCAUAGAUUCUACAAGUGUCUGGAACUUUAUUGAAGGAAUGCAACACCAUUCUUAUACGUGAAAUUCCAUAAUUAGGUGUUUUGUUGAUGGUGGUGAAAAAUGCUGUCUCAGGUGCAGUUACAUAACUCCCAUAAGUGUUCUUUAAACCCCCUAUGCUUCUUUGAGACCGCUCUGUCUCUGAGAUUUGGUUAAUUUAGCAGAUGCUCUUUUUCAGUUCUCUUCUAGCCAUGGUAGCCAAAAUAAUGAGCAACUGUGCAUUUUUCUACAUGACCCUGAGCAUGACGGGAUGUUAAUUGCUUAAUAAACUCAGGAACCACACCUGUGUGGAAGCGCCUGCUUUCGAUAUACUUUGUGUCCCUCAUUUACACACGUGUUUCCUUUAUUUUGGGAGUUACCUGUAUGUGGGACACAAUGUCUGACCCCAGUUUUCCAAUUGCCUUUCUGCUCCCCAGGUCAUCACUUAGUUCAUCCUGUUGUGUAGUUCAUCCCUGGCCAUUAAAAAUCAGACCGUGAUGCGUCCAUUAAGGCUGAGGUGGUAACGAAAGGUCAGAGGUCACUAAGCAGGUCACUGGGCAUGCUCUGUACUUAGGCGGUGUGAUGAUUGACGUGUGUGUGUUUUUUGCUGUUACCAUCAACAACAACCCCAAAUGCUCCCCCAAAUGUGUUCCAACAAUAACCAAACCCUUACUGUCCUAGUCAUUGGCACUAGAUUCCGCGAAACCGAGUUCACACAAAAACACACACACAUUUGUUUGUGUUUAACACGUUACAGGGGUCUGAGAGCAGUCAGAGGGUAUCAGACACACAUGAGAGUGAUUAGUAAUUUAGAGGAAUCCAUGACUGUGUUCCCUCCAUGCUGCAUCCCCCGCGGGAUAGAGAGCGAGAUUAGGGAGAAAGAGAGGAUGAGAGUGCAUAGGCUGUCAAUGGGCCUUUUCUCGGCACAAGCUCACUCGGGGGGUGGGGGGGGUUCUGCUCUAUAUUUCUACAUUUGUACUCUGAGCUUAUUUACAAAUACUGUAGUAUUCCUUCCACCACACAAACACACACACACACACACUAGUCGAUAUGCAAACAAGAGUUCUGAGAGACUUUUCCGUUCCUCUGCUGUUUGACUUUUCUCCCUUUACUUUCUCUUGGUGAUUGCGAUCAUACUUACAGCACAGGUACAAACAGAACCAUCCAGUCAGUGGAAACGUUACUAAUUAAAUAUUUAUUGAUUUAACGAAUGCUAUCUUCAACUCUCAGGUCUUACCUGGAUUCAGAGUUGUUCUCACUGUUAACUCUGCAACAAACAACAAAAAUGUGCAUUUUUCCGUUUUUUAAAAUUUAUUUUCUUUCUUUCCAUAUACACUAUUUUGCAGUGGCUUGCUUUUCUUUCAUUUGCUACUUACUGCAAUGAUUACAAUGCUGUAAAAAAAUAUUGUGUAGAAUUAACAUUGAAUUAAAAAUAAAAUUGUUUUAUACUGUA